UGGAAUGGCGAAUUCGCCGAGGGGUGUCGGAGCAAGGAGCAGGGGUACCUAGAUGAGCCAACUCUCUUCGGCUAGUUGAUAUUAAGAGUCAAUCUGAUUGGCCGGGUAGGCUUACAAGCUGAACCAAUAUGGCAAUUGCCAACUCUCCGAGGUGGCCCGGAGUUGUAGAUGUAUAUAAGUCAAGCCAUUCCAAACCGUACGCUUCAGCAUUGCAAAGACGUUUAGUAUUCUCAUCUUCUUAUCACAUACACAAGUCUUAAAAAUAGAUCUUCGAGCAAGAGGCUUUGAAGCAAUCAAUUCAACCCCCAACCCCCAAAUAGAAACUUGUCAUAUAUUAGUUUUUAUAGUCAAAAUCAUGUCUAAGUCAUCACCAGUGAAGAUAGGGGUCUUCGUCCCCGGCGAGUGUCAGUUGUUAGACCUAGCAUGUAUCGACGUCUUCUACAUGAUGAGCAAGGAAUACCUAUCGGUGCUCCCAAUGCUACCCAAGCAUAUUCCUGACAUCGCCCCCAGUGUUGAGAUCUUCUACAUUACUUCGCCCGAGGCCAAGGCCAAAGCAGAGACGAUUCUGCUCACCGCCAACCUGAAUAUACGCGCUACGCACGACAUUACCGAUGCCGAGGUGCAACCCGGAAAACUAGAUGUUGUGCUAGUGCCGGGCCCGGAUCCCAGCGCGAGCUGGGAAAAGCAUAUCCUCGACUUUCUCCAAGCACACUCAAGGUGUGAGACUACAGAUAUAUUGAGCGUCUGCACAGGCAUCUUUUUGUGUGGUGCCGCCGGCCUACUCGAUGGCCGGACAGCUUGCGGACCAAGAGGUUUACAAGACAUCGUGCAAAAGAAACACCCCACUGCGAAGCUCGUGGGUGAGAAAUAUAGGUGGAUCCAGGACCGCAACUUUUGGUCUAGUGGGGGUGUCACGAAUGGGAACGAUCUCGUUGCCGCGUACGCCCGGGUUGGGAAACACUUCCCUUCGGCUGUGGUCGAGAUAGCGUGUAAAAUGGCGGACGUAGGAGAUCGAGGCCAAGUGUACUCAGAAAGCCAGACAGCUUUCACAAUCGGUGUGGUAUGGCAGCUCAUCAAGGGUUUGUUCGUGAAGCGCCGCUGACACCCCCUUCGCGAUCAAUGCGGGCGCAGACAACAUGGAAAGGCGUCAGCUGUCG